AAUUUCUUCCCCAACGAGACCUUAAGGCCUUCAUCCCAACCCCCCACGUCUAUCUAUUCCUUGCCACGUUUUUGGAUGCUGGACAAUAGUCCUCAUCCCCCCCGCUCCUUUCUCCUUCUAUAUAGGUUGAAGGCCAUAUUGUUGGCCUGAGCCAGCUGCUGUUCCGAUGCCUGGACGAAGCACCCCCUCCUCUCCUUCAUCCUCGUCGAGGAGAAAAUGUCAGCGCCGCUGUAGAAAGUUCGAACGGUGCUGUUGUCUUACGGUCACAUACUUUCCGCUAGCUUUCGUUUACAGCUUAACAACAUGGGCAUGUUGGGUAGAAGCUGGCAUCGGCCUCUUGCCGAAGACAGUGGGAUGGACAGGUCGCCUCUCAUCCUUCCUUGGGAUCGCCUUAUAUCUCCUACUGAAUUGGUCAUAUACCGCCGCUGUCUUCACAGACCCAGGGUCGCCUACAACAUUUCCACGGACUACGAAGCCAAAUCCAUCCGAGUUACCCAUCCAUGAACCUUCAUCGGGUUCCCACUCCUUCAACUCCCUCACCGUCAAAGCGAGCGGAACCACAAGAUAUUGUAAGAAAUGUCGAACGUCAAAGCCAGAUAGAGCCCACCAUUGCAGCAGCUGCAAACGGUGCGUAUUAAAGAUGGAUCACCAUUGCCCUUGGCUGGCCACGUGCGUAGGCCUGAGGAACUACAAAGCAUUCUUGCUUUUCCUCAUCUAUACGUCGCUAUUUUGCUGGGUCUGUUUCGCCGUGUCAGCCACAUGGCUAUGGGAGGAAAUCUUUAUGGACGCGGGAUACAACCAAUUAUUGAUGCCAGUGAACACCGUUCUCCUCGGAGUCCUUUCUGGAAUAAUUGGCAUUGUGCUGCCCGGCUUCACAUGUUGGCAUUUCUAUAUCUGCAUGCGAGGACAAACCACCAUCGAGACUUUGGAGCAAACGCGGUACCUUGCGCCGUUACGAGGGUAUAUGGCGCAACAAUACCAACACCAGGCGCCGCCUCAAAACUUGGACUUUGACACUGACCAUCCCAUCCAAUCGUUUCAACAUCAACUCCACAACCUCGGCGGCCAUCUCCGCGAUAUGCACGCAAAUGCCGUGCCGGGAGUGACCCGUCCCGAGGAAGGCGAGGAGCGCUCUUCGCCGUCCACUUCGAUAUCUUAUAGUCACCCUUCACAAUCACUUCAGCAGACGCCCCUGACACGAUUAGAACCGAUGAACCCUUAUUCUCGCUCUCGGCCUACAUCUGCCCUUGAUCACACCUCCGCCCUUGCUAGCUCUCCCUCCAAUCCACCAUCCUCAUCACCAAGUCCGUACGAUGUCGCUGAGCGACAACGUGAAGCAGACCGCUACCGUGCUUACCUCGACGAGAAAGAUGCUUCCCGACUCCCAAAUGCUUUCGACCUCGGUUGGCGGAGGAACCUCGGUACGGUGUUCGGGCCAUCACGUCUGCUAUGGUUUUUCCCUAUCUGCAACUCGGAAGGCGAUGGCUGGGUGUGGGAACCGAGCGAGAAGUGGUUGCGCGAAAGGGAUCAGUUGUACAACGAGCGAAUGGCAGCCUCCGGAGUAGGAAUGCAAGGGGGUUAUGCAGCUGGAGGCCAUUAUUCACACGCCGCUCCGGAUCAACCGGUGUGGAAUGGGUCUCCCACCCCGUUACAAAACCUAUCAGUGAAUCAGAGAUAUCCAACACCUGUCACUACCGCAAUUGCAACCGAUGAGGAGGACUACGCCAGCAGUGACGAGGAAGAUACUUCGGAGCGAAAGGAGCUGUUGCAGAAAGAACCAAGACCAAGCCCACAAACAAGUGGCAGUGGGCGAAUACAGACCUCCAACUGGAACGAUUUGCCAGAUGAGAUCAUCAGUCCCAGGUUAGGUAGAGGGCUGAGGAUGAACAGUCGGGGUCCUACAGGGAGUGGUAGAGGGACACCUGCUGGUGCGAAUCCUUCCAAGCAAAAAACAGACGACUGGCAGGAUUGGGAUGUAGACUGACAUAUAUCUGCCCCAAUGAGGGGAUGAUCGUUCGCGAUAUUAGGAUACA